GUGUACAGUUUGUCACAUUGCAGUUUAUGUGCCAUUCAGUCAUUCAUUCAUUAUUUUCGGAUUAAUCAAAGAGCCGGACGGUGUGAGACACAGAACUGUCCCCCCAGGGCAGACAAUGAUCACAACCUCUCGCAUGCACAUGUAAUUUGCUCUCCCAAAUACAGGUUACCGGCCGCAGCAGCAAGUGUUGUGCAGAGAGCUCUUGUUUUGACCAAAACAGAUUUAAGGGUGGUUCGAGUACCCAACCUGACGCAUGGGCAAACAACCACUUGGUGUACGAAUCUUGGUGCACUCGGCGGCCCAGAAAUCACUUGCACGUUCACACACAUACUCACACAGGUUACUCUCUGCCACAGAGUGGAUCGUGGUGGUGGUUGAUUGGUUUGAUGGUUGGCUGGCUGGCUGCUGAUUGUGGUACAUAAAGGAUCGUUUAGCUUACGGGCAACAUCAUUUACAAUUCAGCUACCGUACAGCAAACACUUGCCAAUAUUUUUUGUCGCGUUUUAUUUUUUUUGGAUUUUCGUUUCGUUUCAUCCAUCCAUUGUUCGUCGUUAUUCGUGAUCGCUCAAAAAAAAAAAGCAUGGCUGUUGAUGGACAGAAAUUUAUGACCAAGACCCAACAUUAUCGCAAAGUGACAAAACCGUUGCUGGAAAGAAAACGUCGCGCCCGCAUGAAUCUCUAUUUGGAGGAGUUGAAGGAAUUGAUUGUGGAUACCAUGGAGGAGCAGGGAGAACAUGUAAAUAAAUUGGAAAAGGCCGAUAUCCUGGAGAUGACAGUAUCCUAUUUGCGCAAUCAACAAAAGGAGGCCAGACAACCUUUGUUGUACUCCAGUAACAACAACCACAACAAUGGUGGAUCGAAGAAGACCCUCAAUGUGGAAAAGUUUCGUGAGGGAUAUACCCAGGCGGCCUAUGAGGUGUCUAAGAUUUUCUCCACGGUGCCGGGCAUUGAUCGGGGUUUUGGCACCCGACUAAUGAAACAUUUGGGUUAUCAACUCAAGGAUUUGAAACAGCAACUAUUUGCCAGCAACAUGAAUCAGUCGCUCUUGGCCGAUAUGGAACAGCAACAGCAGCAGUUGCAACAACAUCAGGCAGCUCUCAAGGAAGAGGAUGUUUGGCGUCCUUGGUGAAAAGAGAACAACAAAAAAAGUCUCCCAAAAUCCUGUAGAAAGAGCGAAAAAGUAAAUAAUGGCGCCCAAACUGGCUCAGGAACAGAACAACGAAUUUAUCAUCAUCACCACCGCCGACAUUGUCUCAUAUCUCAUAAUUAAGAAGCUUUAUUAGCAUUUUAAGCCAAGUUAACACUUAUUUGCCUUAAACACAAACAAUCCUUGUGUUCUUUUAGUUUUUAGAAUUGAAAUGUUUUUUUUUAUUUUUUUUUCUAUUUUUUUUGUGAUAAUCUGUGAUAGCUUUUAAGACAAAAAUUCUGAUGGUACAACAGCAACAACUUAACGAUCUCCAAAUGAUGGACAAGUUGAUAUAAACAAUGUUUAAGCUUUAAUUUAGUUUGUAGGCAUAACGUGAAACAUGAUCUUCCAAAAUAAUUUUUAAAUGAAAAUAAAUAAAAUUAAAAAAAUAU